AUGAAGAUGGAGCAUAAUCCUGCAACUCCCAAGGAGGAGAUUCCCAGCCAGCUGCAGAAUCCCCUAGAGAGAAGAAGGUUGCAGAACCGCCUUUCUCAAAGAAAUCACCGUCGCAAAAUCAGAGACCGAAUUGCAAAGCUCCAAGAGCGCGUCAUUGCCAAUGAACUCAGAGCAGCAGCAGCCAACGGCUGGGAUCAGCAAUAUAUACCGUCACCUUUGCCACACAAAACACACACAGCGCUAUCCGAAAAUGAUCUUGGAUUCGUUUCCCGAGAUGUUUCUCCCCUAGGAAUAGAGCCAUCAACGCCUUUCAUGCCAUCAUACCCCAUUUUCUCAUCCACUUCGUGGCCGAGUGAUUUCAACGCCUUCCCCACGGCUGGCUAUCAUGGAGAAUUGCCACCCUAUCUUGGAGGAGGAAUCUUGACCCAUUCGAAUGGGAUGCCAUCAUCCGCUACAGCUGGUCUGGGUGGAGAUACAUUCCGAGAUACUAUGCUACCCACUGAAGAGGCCUUGCCGCCAGAUUCAUUGUUUGCACUGCAAGAAAACCAGCCUUCUUACUAUGUUGCAACUGGUGAGCAUGGAUCUAUCCAAACGGUAUAUUGA